AUGAAGUACGGCUCUAUUUAUAUCCUACAAGACAUCGAGGGUAAGGGUAAAGGGCUUGUCGCAACCAAGAAUAUCGCCAAAGGUACCCGAAUCAUUUCGGAACGUCCGCCGUUUUUUAGUAUUAUUCGAACGAACGCCCUUCCUAUUGAGGAAAACGGCACUGCGGGUGGAAUCUUCCUCGAAGCCUGUCGCAUCAACCAUUGCUGCAAUAAUAAUGUACAAAAGCAUUGGAAUAAACGUAUUGGGCGGCACACUGUGCAUCCUUUAAGGGACAUCGUCGAGAGUGAGGAUAUUACGAUAUACUACCUGGGUCUCGACGGUAUCCGUGAUGUUCACCGCCAAAAGCUGCAGGACAAGCUUGGGUUCUUGUGUGCAUGCUGUGUUUGCUCCUUGCCAGCAGAGGAGAGCGAGGAAAAUGAUCAACGCUUGAAGAGGAUUCAAUACCUGGAUGACCCCGUUGGCCGCGAAUGCAUGGCAAUGAAAUUUUCCGAACGAGUCCUUCGCUAUGUGGACGAACGCAUCCAACUUCAUGAUAGACAAGGACCAGAUGAUGCUGGUUUACCGAGGGCAUAUCUCGAUGCUGCUCAGAUCGCUAUCGCCAAUGGUGACCUUGCGAGAGGACGAAUAUUUGCGGAAAGAGCAGUAGAGGCAUGGCGCAUAGCUUCCGGUCCCGACAGCAGCGAGGUGAUCGAGUACGCGGCAUUAGCACGAAACCCCGCUACGUUUUCGCUCUAUGGUUUAUCAAUGAAAUGGAAGAAGUCAUUGGAAGAUGUUCCUUCGCAGUUUCAUUCUACAGACUUCGAGCACUGGCUUUGGAGAAGAGAUAAACCAAAAGAGAUACACCAAUCGGGACAAUUGACAAGGCUUCAUCGAGACACUAAAGACCCCUAUCAACCCAUGCGUCAUUGGUGCUUCCUAGGAGAAAUUACCAAUUCCAUCACGCUCCAUCAUUUAGAGCUGGAGCUUGCGGACAUCAACGACAAAAGAAUAUCUCUACACUUCAAUACGAUUGGUCGAGGCAGUGAACUUGAUAUAGCGAGUGUUCAAAACGGGUGUACCGUCGCAGUUCUGUAUGCGGAACGCCACACGUUUACAUACGGAGACACCGGCAUCAAACCCCAAGACCCACAAAUGCUGAAGAUCUUUCCAAUAGCGUUGGAUAAGUUGUUGGAACUAAGUGACCGGAUUCAACAGUGCUCAGGUGCCAUGAACCAGAUCAAAAUGUGCCAUGGGUGCGACAAGAAGACCAUAUUAAUGAAUCGAUGUGGAAAAUGCUCUUUGUUUUGGUACUGCGACUAUACUGGGUGGGUUGAGAGGACCCAUAAGACAGAUUGUAGAAUUUUGAGAGAUCCUGAUCUACGUGGGUUCAUCACCCUGGAAUGGGGAAAGCUUGUUAGCCGUACAAACUUUCCUCUUGAUGUCAGCAAAACUGCCUAG